AUGAGAGCAGAAACCAGCAGCGGAUCCAAGAGGACUUUCAAAACGCUGAGGACAGGUUUUCUGGGACUUGUCGGGGUGAUUGCUGUGUACUAUGCGCUCCUGUUUAUCUUUGGAAUCAAGUACUUGAAUCCGCAGUACUAUGGAAGCUACUUCUAUGCUUGGAGGGUGAACUUUGCAGACAAGCUGAUGACGCACGGGAGAUACAAGCUCAUCAAGAAGAACGAGCAUCCCGAGACGGAGGACAGGAAGAGGUUCUACAGGAUCUCGCAGGACAAGGAGGGUCCGUAUCUGAUCCGGUUUGACAGGCCCGAGCACUUUCCGCGGGGGCACGAGCACCAGUUCAGCCUGAACUUCCCUGCAUACGAGGACUUUCUGAAGGUCCGGGAGAGAUUCAUUGUUGAGUCUGAGGGGCUGCAGGAGAACAUGAAGCUGGAGCACUCUGACCUGAUGGAGCAGAUGAAGAAGGAGAAGGGAGGACUGUUUUUUGCAAGCUACAGCGGGAAGUCUGUUGAGGAGAUGAUGAGGAUUCUGUUCCCGAACAACAAUGCAGACAGGAACCCGUGGUUUGAUGUAAGCAACAUACUGAUAAGGGCGGUUUCUCGGAUUAUGUCGCAGGACGAGAAGGACCGAGAGGGAUACCUGUUUGACGGCUCGGAGGUAGGAGACGAUCUGAUGAAGGAUAUCCGCGAGGGCCUUGAUGCACUCGACAGGAGUGCUGGAGACGGUGACGUCCUCCUUUCCGAGAAGAUCUCUGACGCAGACAUCAAGAACUUCUUCAUCAACAAUGGAAGGGUGUCUGGAACGCCACAGGAGACGUUUGCCUACUCGCGGCUGUACUACCUGUUCAACUUCCUGACUGCGGGGAUUGAGUUCAAGUCUGAGAGGCUUGCGGAGCUCCGGGGCGACGGGGAGAGCAGCAACGAGUUCCGGGAGGCGCGGAUGGACUAUGUUGCCAAUGUGUUUGCCAGGAUAUUCGCCAGCAUAUACCCGAACCAGCACAAGAAGGAUGUCAGCAACAUUGGGGUUCUCGAGAAGGUAAGGAACUACUACAGCCCCAAGAUGACGGUUGACCCUGAAAAGGAGGUUGACGAUGCAGAUCUCGAGCUUGUCAGAGAGAGCUUCUCAAGAUCGUCAAGAAUCUCUGCAUGA